AGCUCAAGAGAGCUCAUAAGUCCAUCACUCAGAUCUCACAUCUUCACUCACCUCUUUUAAAAACAAAACAAGAUUAAUUAAAUAGUAGAAAUGAUGAUUAAAACGUUGAUCUCUCGUCGUUAUCUGAAACUUCUUCACCUCCAAUAAGAGAUUCUGUAGCUCCUUUCUUCAUUUCUCUGUUCAUCUGACCAAACAUACAUAUAUAUGAAUUAACAAAUAAGCUUCAACUAAAAAAACACACUUUGCCAGCCUUUCUCUCUCUCUGCUUCUGGGUCGCUUUAUCUUCAAGUUUUCCCGCUCUCUCUCUCUGUUUCAUUAACCCAAGAGGAGGUAGUACUAUUUCUAUUACAGCCAAUAUUAAUUAUUGUCAGAAAGGUUCUGUUACAGCCACUUAACACUUAAACUGUAUCUUUUUUUUUACUUCUGUUCUGUGUGUGUGUGUGCUCUUUUUUAAAUAUCUUUGAUGGGGUCUCUCUCUCUCUCUCUCUCUCUCUCUCUCUCUUUCUCUCUCCCUAUCUUUCUUGGGUUUAUAUCAGAUAGAGUGGAGAGAAAGCAAAAGGUGAAGAUAGAGAGAAGGCGAUGAACACUAGUAGUGUUCGAGCUGCUCUUUCCUCCAUGAACGCUCCUUCAAAGCAUGACACCAAUCAAGAGGAUAAGAAGAAGAAGAUGAUGAUGGAGUCUCAAGGAAAUGGAGUUAGUUCAGGGAAACCUCUGGUUGUUAAUCGGCGCAGAGCUAACAGAGAAAAGAAAAUGGACUUGCUUCAAGAUGUUGAUAAGCUAAAGAGGAAGCUGAGACAUGAGGAGAAUGUGCAUAGAGCAUUGGAGAGAGCUUUCACUAGACCUUUAGGAGCUUUACCUCGUCUCCCCUCUUAUCUCCCUCGACAUACAUUGGAGCUUCUUGCUGAAGUAGCUGUUCUUGAAGAGGAAGUGGUUCGGUUAGAGGAACAAGUUGUAAGCUACAGACAAGGUCUAUACCAAGAAGCUGUUUACAUUUCUUCCAAGAGGAACAACCCAGAGAGUCCUAGUAGUAGUAGUAACAACGGUUUGAAGGAGAAUUCUCCCGUCAGAAGCACUAAACACCAUCGGUCCAAAUCCAUGUCACAACACGAGUUCAAUUCUAUGAUCACUCCUCCUAAAAAGCAUCAUCAACAGUCUCUUAGUUUUAGCAGAAGCAUCUCAACUAGUAGGAAACUCUUCUCCACUGAUCAGAGAGUGGCUAUAAAUGGCAAACAAGCGUCACCUAAAACGAGUUCGAGCAGUGUUACAAAGCCAGUAGAUGUAAGAGGGAAGGAGAAUCAGAUUAAAGAAUCACCUGAGAAGAGGCUUGUUGGUAGAUUCUUGACAUCUGUGAAGAAGAAGAAACCUUUGGUUAAGCCAACAGAGGUUGCUGCUGUUGUUCAGCUAGAUGAUAGAUUAGAAGAUCAAGACAAAGCACAGGAGAGUGUCUCUGGAUCCUCUUCUGAAGACAAAUUGGCAAACAGAGUUUCAGAGGAUUUACUGAAGUGCCUUGUGAGCAUUAUCUUGAGGAUUAGCUCGUCCAAAGACACCGUGUUGGAUGCGUAUAGCAACUGUUCAGAAUGGAGAGCAAGAGAGCUUGGUGCUUACAAGAAUCUUGUCUCGGUUGAUGCAUCUUCAAUUGAUCUUGGAAGAAGAACCAAUGCUUCCUUUCUGAUCCAUCGUCUCAAGUUCUUGCUUAACAAGCUUUCGGUUGUGAAUCUAGACGGUCUUAGCCACCAGCAGAAGCUUGCAUUCUGGAUAAAUACUUAUAACUCAUGUGUGAUGAAUGCAUUCUUGGAGCAUGGGAUCCCUGGGACACCUGAGAUGGUUGUAGCCCUGAUGCAAAAGGCAACAAUCAUUGUAGGAGGACACUCCCUAAAUGCUAUCACAAUAGAACACUUCAUCUUGAGACUUCCAUACCACUUGAAGUUUACUUGUCCCAAAACUGCAACACAUGAAGAGAUGAGAGCUCAUAGCACAUUUGGAUUGGAAUGGUCAGAGCCUUUGGUCACUUUCGCUCUCGCCUGUGGAAGCUGGUCCUCUCCUGCUGUAAGGGUUUACACAGCAGGUAAUGUAGAGGAAGAGAUAGAAGCAGCAAAGAGAGAUUAUCUUCAAGCAUCUGUUGGGAUAUCAGAGAAGAACAAACUAAUGCUUCCAAAGGUAUUAGAUUGGUAUCUGCUAGACUUUGCAAAGGAUUUGGAGUCUUUGCUUGAUUGGGUUUGCCUUCAGUUACCUGAUAAACUUAGAGAAGAAGCUCUGAAGUGUAUGGAGAGAAAGAACAAAGAAUCACUCAUGGAGUUGGUUCAAGUAGUACCUUAUGACUUCAGUUUCAGGUUGCUGCUAUUGCAUCAAUGAAAAAAAAAGGUUUGUGAUGAAAAAUAAUGUCGGAACAUUUGUAUAGAUUUGGGAGUGUAAAGUAGAGAGAGCAUAAGUUACAAUUUGUUAUUGGUUUAACUGAGAAUAUAUAUACAUAUAAGUUUGUCUU